CGCGCUUCUCUCGGUGGUGCGGGCGGGAACUGCGCUAGGACAAGCGGCCGCCUGCGCCAGUGCCAGCGCCAGCGCCGAGUGAGCAGGACCUACUCUUUUUGAGGCCCUCUGCUGGGUAAUUUGGGGAAAAUCUCCAAGCUGACAAUUUAUAAGACAAUAUUUGACUUCAUAGGACUAUGAGUAUAGCACAGUGUUUUAUAUACAUUUGAUCCUCACAAAAAAGCCCCUUUGUCUGGAUGGACAGGAAACGAGAGAGCAAUGGAACUUGAGAGCAUCAUUCGAGAUACCUUAAUCAGCUUUGCCCAAACCCAUGUCCCAGGUGCUGAUCUCAGUGGCUUGGAUGAAGUUGUCUUCUCCUACAUAACUGGGGUCCUGGAAGACCUGGGUUCUCCAGGGGCAUCGGAUGAGAACUUUGACAUGGAAGCAUUUGCAGAGAUGAUGGAUGCUUAUGUGCCUGGCUUUGCCAAGAUCCCCAGUGGGACAGUUUGCGACAUGAUGUUCGACCUCUCAGGCCAGCUGAGUGAUGCACGGAACAAGGAGAAUGUAUGUCCCAAGAGCCAGGAAGACAAUGCUCCUACUUCUCCAGGAUGUCUGCAGAGCCUGGAGGAAGGUACCCAAGAGAUAAGGAAGUCUCGAGCACACACCUCUACCCCACUCCUAGGCGAAGGCACCAAGGCUGAGGAGGUCUCUGAAACUGAUGAGCUCCAAGCUGGGAUACAAUUGCUUCUGGAAAUGUUCCCUUCUUGCACAGUGGGGAGGGCACAGCGGGUACUGUCCAUGGCUCGGGGGAACCUGGAAGAGGCUGUUCACAUCAUGGUAGAGGAGAAAGUGGAGCCCCAAGCCUUAGGCCGCAGCUCAAAGGACACAUCAAGGUUACAGGGAGCUCCUAGGAAGGAAGAACUGAAAUCCUUCAUUCUACAAAAGUACAUGAUGGUGGACAGUGAAGAAGAUCAGAAAACUCAUAGGCCUGUGGCCCCAAAGGAGGCCCCUAAGAAGCUGAUCCGAUACAUUGACAACCAGGUGGUGAGUACCAAGGGUGAGCGUUACAAGGACAUUCGGAAACCAGAACCUGAAGGGAUGAAGUCCACUUACAUCAGUCUCAAACCAGCCCGGAAGUACAAGUUCCAUUGAGUGUCCCCACCCUGGGGGAAGUUGAGGACUGUGGGCCAGAGGAGUCUGAAGGAGUUGGGGAUAAUGGCCCCCAAAGCCAAAAUAAGACAGCUGGGCUAGUCCUGCCACCAGGGUCUUCUUGGCUAGGUGUUUAUGAAGCCUGUUCUUCCCAAGCCAAGCUUAGUUUCAAAGUCUCUCCUGAAGUUUCUUUAUUUGAGUAAAGUGUCCAGAGUGA